AUGGACGACGACAGCCGCAUGAGUGACACGUCGAGCAUGCGCAACCGCGGACAGCGGCAGGCAGCGUCGACAGUGGGGGACUUGGACGGCGUAGGCGAUGCGUCCUCUCUCUCGGGGUCGCGCAUCCGGCCGCAGCUGCGCUGCAACGCGUGCUGGGAGCCGAUCCUGCCCGAUGCGCAGUCGGCCGAGACGUGCUACCGCACAAGCUGCGGCCACUUGUUCUGUGAGAAAUGCGCGUACAAACACUUUGGACAGGGGCGACUCGAGUGUCCUGCGUGUCAAGUCGACCUGAGUCAAGCACGCGGCGGGAUCUCUGAGACGUACACUUUACAUGCAAGAGACACGUUCGUUUUGUUUGGAUGUUUAGCUACUGACAGUGUUACAGAACGAUUCACGGCGUUGCAGAUCCCAAGGUACGGGAGAUCCACGUCGACUCUGGUUGAGCUGGUGACCAUACAAGACUUAUCGUGA